AUGCACGUCCCACUCAAUCGCCUAAUCAUUCUCCUGACCCUCCUCUUCACCCCCGUCCUCGCCGUCGGCCCAUCAUGCUUCAAAGUUGUCUCUGCCCUAGUCGGCCGCCCAACCCACCUAUUCAACAAAUUCCAGAGUGAAAUCUGCGAACGAGGCUGUCAACCCAUAAUCCCACACUGGGAUCUCUGGACCCGAAACAACACCUUCGUCCCCGCAGUCCGCAACCUAAUGGAACGCAUGAACGUCCCACAUCAAGAAGAGCAGCUUCUCAAAAUGGGCGACGACGUGGCGGUCAUAAUUAAACAAAGCUGUGCACCGCUCUUACACGGUCGGCAUAUUUGCUCGGAUCCAACUACGCUCGCGGAUUUUGGGAAUUGUUUCAAGCGCAACUUUUUCAAGGCAUCGCUUAAACAUCUUCCUGUUUUGUUACCCAUGGCAUCGGAUGCUGCGUGCAAGGAGCAAUAUAAAUUCCUACAGGGGGAGGAGCUGUGGGAAGAGACUAUUCCGCAAAAUAUGAGGGAUUAUGCUAGUGUUUGCGACAAGUUGGGUCCCUUUGAGCAUGAUGAAUUGUGA